AAGCCGGCUCAAAGCCCGCUCAAAGCCCUAACCCUAGGCGAUGGAGAGUAACAGCAAAAUGGCGCUGGCGGGGAUGGAGGAGAGCUUGCACAGCGCGCUCGCCACACUUCAUCAGCUCCACUGCUCCGUCUCCUCUUUCACGCUUCCAUCGCAGCUGCUCGUCCUGGAGCGCCUGAAUGAGCUUGUCAAGGAUCUCAACUUGAUGCAAUCCUCCUCCAACCAGUGCAACCUUGAGAUCCCCGUGGAGGUGAUAAGAUUCAUUGACGAAGGCAAGAAUCCCGACGAAUUCACCAAGGAUCUUCUUAACCAUUGCAUUCAGCGAAACCAGGCAACCAAAGGCAAAGUCGACGCCUUCAAGGCACUUCGAAAGCACAUCCUGGAGGAGGUGGAGGAGGCCUUCCCCGAGGAGACUGAAACAUACCGAAUGUUACGUACAGCAUCGGCUCUGGAAUCUCGAAGAAGUGCUGCGCAGCCAAUCCCCGGACUGUCCAACGGAGAUGCAAGAGUCAAGCCCGAGCACACUGGCUGAAAGGCGGAGCUUAUCAUACACAAUAACACAAAUUUACACAAAACAAGUAAGUAGGCACAGGCAGGAAUCCAUCGAUCAUCGAUCAAACAGGCGGCGCUGCGAUCCCCGCCGACGUCACCGCAGAUCGAGCGUCUUCAAAUUUGUCCCGCUCGUGCUCUUCGUCGAGAUAACUCGGCGUGUAGGCAGUGACGAUGCUCGAGACGGUGGGGAUGUGCUCCUUGGUGAGACCGGUCACCUCCAGCGGUGGAUUCUUGAAGGUGGGAUAGUAGAUCUUGUUGGUGAUGAGAGCGAAGAGCAGUGUGGCGAUGGGCAGCGGCACCAAGAUGGGACUGAACACAAACUUCUUGAUGGAGAAGUAGCCGAGCAUUGCAAGCUGCGAGACGAGAAGAGCUGCAAUAAUUCUAGUGUGGAUGUGAGGCCACAUUCGACCGUAGCUCUCAUAAGCCGGCACCACCACCUUCAACGCCUGGAGAAAGAGAUCUUAGCACAAAAGUUGGAAGAAACAGCAAAGGGAAGAGAGCUCCAACCUCGUGCCGAGCGAUGAUCCACGCGAAGGCAAAGUAGACAAGCGCAAAAGGAAGAACCAUGGGUGCGAUCACAGCAUAGCAGAGUGCGAUGAGGUACUUCUUCUUGAUGCGAAACAUGAUCAGCGGCACCAGCCUCGAGAGCUGCAAGCCAUAGCCAACGAAGAACCUGUGCAAAAAUGAAGAAAACUAGCUAAGUUUCCAGAAAGAACUCUUGCGCUACUGACACUUACCUGAGGGCGAUGAAGGUGAUGAAGAAGGAUGCCGCGGGUGGAAUGGCCGCGCCCAGCAGUGACACGGUCGAGUUGGGCUCCUUCUGGAUCUUCUUGACCGUGUCAAACAGCGAGCUGGUGAUGGUGAUGCCCAAGAACACGUUGAAGACGUUGAAGUAGAAGUACUUCCCGGCGGCGGCGCGCUCGACAUGGCUCUGCGACACAAUCCCCUCCAUCCGCGACAGGAAGAGCAGCAGCGUCGGCAAGAGCGCCAAGAACACGAUGAGCGCCAGCUGCGGCAAGUAGGCCUGGAGCACGGUGCUCAACACCUUGAUCUUCUCGAUGUUCUUCACAAACGGCACUAGCUUCUCGAGCU